AGAUUCAGAAAGAACAAAAUCGAGUCCAACUUGAUAUUACAGCUAUUUUACGAGGUGCGCCAAGACCUUCCAAAGGAAGACUGAAUGAAGGACAUGAAUUACGGCUUAGAACAGUCUUAGAUGUUCGUAGUAAUAGAUCAACUAAGAGAUUGCAGUGUUGGGCUUAUCAGUCGAUCUUAACAUGGGGUUCACCAAUACUUCAAGGAUAUUUUUCAUUUUAG